AUGCUUUCGCUACAUUUACCCAAAUGGGGAUUCAGGUUAUCGCCUCCAAUUAUUCGUCACGUUUCUAUCCUGAACGAACUGAAACCGUCUCUAGGCUCUACCAAGUCCUUUAAAAGAUUAGGUCGUGGUCCAUCAAGUAAUAAAGGUAAGACAUCAGGACGUGGUCAGAAGGGUCAAAAGGCAAGAGGGAAAGUGAAGUCCUGGUUUGAAGGUGGUCAAACUCCUAUUUAUAAAUUAUUUCCAAAAGUUGGGUUCACAAAUGUUCAUUCUAAACCUUUAAAUGAAUUGAAUUUGGAAAGAAUUCAAUGGUUUCAUGAUAAGGGAAGAUUGAAUUUGAAAGAGGGUGAAACUUUGGAUAUGCGAUUAAUGAAGAAAUUAGGUUUGGUUACAGGAUCCAUUAAACAUGGUGUAAAAAUCUUAGCAAGGGGUGCAUUCAAGUAUAAUUUACCAAUAAGUAUUGAAGCAUCAAGAGCCACAGAGGGGGCAAUUCAAACUAUUGAAAAAGCUGGAGGCAAAUUUACAGCAAAAUAUUUUAAUACAUUAGGAUUAAGAGCGCAUUUGGCACCACAAUGGUUUUUGAAUAAAAGAGGAAGGAUACCCCUACAGGCAAGACCAACAAAGAGAAAACAAAUUGAAUUUUACAGUGAUGAAAGUAGAAGGGGUUAUUUAAUUAUGGAGAAUCACAAAUUUUUGCAGCAAUUGCGUGAGACACAGGAAAAGGGUUCGGUGCAUUCGAUUACCAGAUCAACUAAAAAGAGUGCACUAGAAAUCCAACUGGAGAAACUUUCAGAAAAAAGCAGAAACUUACCAAUAUCAACGAGGUCAAGGGUGGUAGGUUUGCCAAAUUCAAAAUAG